AUGACUACACAUCGCGCUGCCAUCCUGCCACAGCUGGGAGGUCCCUUGACUGUCGUGGACCGUGCCACCCCGGAACCUGGCCCCAAUGAGAUCCUGAUUGAAGUCAAGGCCAUCGCUUUAAAUCCCGUCGAUUAUAGUCAGCGUGACUCCGGUUUCCCUCCUGUACCUAGCUAUCCUGCCGUCCUUGGAUCUGAUACCUCGGGCCUCGUUGCAAAAGUUGGCGCCAAUGUCUCUAGUGUCUUUACGCCAGGCACCCGAGUAAUCGCACUCGCCUCGUCCUUCUACCAGAAUGGCUCGCCAGACCACGGUGCCUUCCAGGAGUAUGCUCUGGCACAGUCUGAAGGUGUGACUUUGCUGCCAGAUCAUGUCUCUUUCGAAGAGGGUGCUGUACUUCCCUUGGCUGUCCUGACCAGCCUGACUGCCUGGACGACAAUCGGCAUUUCGCUCGAUACCAAAUAUGCCCCGCAGGACAAGCAGGCGGUCUUGAUUUGGGGAGGAGCCAGCAGUGUUGGCACGUUGGCUAUUCAAUCGGCCAAAUCGCUCGGUUUUACCGUUUAUGCUACCGCCAGUCCUCAGCAUCAUGAUUACCUCAAGAAGCUCGGUGCGCACGCGGUAUUCGAUUAUAAGGCCAGUGAUGUUGUCUCAAGGCUUGUCGACGCUAUAAAGGGCGAUGGUGUCAGUCUCCGCACUGCACACUGUGUCGUCAGUGAUGGUCUGCAGCCAACACUGGACGUUCUCAGGGAGACGAAAGGCGAUUCAGCCGCCAAGGUUGCCCAUGCGCCUCUCCUGCCACCAGACCACCCGACACUCGACAACACGGAAAUUAAAUUUGUUUUCCCAUCACUGGACACCACCGAGAGAAAUGAGCACAUACGUCAGUGUUUCCAGGUUUGGUUGAAAGAGGGUCUGGAGUCUGGUGUGGUUGUUCCCAGCCCACAUGUCCAGAUUGAAGAUGGAGGCCUGGAAGGUCUAAAUCUGGCACUGGACAAAUUGAGGAAUGGCGUAAGUGGAUCUAAGAUUGUCUUGUCAAUCUGA